UUUCGACGCCUCCCACCCCUCGACGCGUCUCCCGACCUGACCACGACACGACGCGUCCAAGACAUUUUUUAUUGUCUUUGGUGAGGCCGAAAGUAAUCGAUAUUGCAUGAUUGAUUGAUUGAUUGACCUGCACGUGCAAGACACUUAAUCACCACUUCAGUGAUCAAUCGUGGCCUCUUUUCCUUCUCCUUGGCCCCCUAAAAUCCAAUAUUUUCCUGUUCCGCUUUUGACUUCCCGCUCCAGCGACAUUUGGUAGAGGGACAGUACCUGACCUCUGAUAUAUUUCCGUCUUCGCAAGUGAAGUGACCGACAGCCGCUGCUAUUGCUGGGCCGCGAUGGAAUCAAGGCUCAGCGCGGUGGGCGUGCAAAUGGCAAAGGGCGAGUACUCGGCCGCCCUAACCCCGUUGCUGCAGGCCAUCAGUGCAUGCCAAUGCGCCCCGACCACCCACGGCAAGGACAAGUCUUGCAACAUGCUGCAGUGUAUUGAAGCCGCCAACGACCCUGACCGUCCCGAUGCACUCGUCAUCGUGGCCAAGAGUCCCUGCUCUUGCGGCUUCUCCUGGCCUUCCUGCACCGACCCCCUUCACAUCAAAGCCGUCGAUCUGUUGGCCGAGUGUCUGGGGCGGGCCGAGCACUAUGCCGCCGCAUUCUCCACCGGCCUGGGCCUUAUCCGUCUGGAUCCUGCCUCGCCUACCGGCUACUGUCGAGUCAUCAAGAUUCUCCGUCACCUCUUAAGAAACUACCGUGGCUCCAAUCCCAACGUGGCUCGUUCUCUUGCCGUCGUCCUUCGAGACGGCAAACUGUCGUCGGUGAACCAGCUGCGCGAGUUGAUCCGCUCCUUUGUCAAGGCUGGCAUCUACAAUAUGAACAAGUACCGCUAUAGCCCCGACGAUAAAUAUCAUUUCAUUAUCCGAGCAAUGGCCCACAAGCUGGACAUGCCCGAGGCUCGGCAGGAUCCCGUGAGCAAACUUCCACGCGAGAUUCUCGGCAUGGUGCUCUCAUACCUAGAUUCCACCGCCGUCCUCCGCUGUGUCCGUGUCAGCAAGCAGUGGAACGAAGUAUUCGUGUCAGACAAGACGCUAUGGCGUGAGUUUAGACUCGGGAAACCACGAAGUCCAGGGCGCUUCCUCGGCAACUUUCUGAAAAAUCACGGCCAAAUCAGGACCCUUGUGAUCAAUGACGCUGCCAAGUUUGCUCCGACAUCGCUCAAGAUGAGCAUGCUCUGUCGAGGGCUGCCCGACCUAGAACGCUUAUCCCUCGGCUGUGACGUGCUGCCCGCCGAGUCGAUAAAGUUGGACUGUGUUGCGGGAAAGCAUUUGACCAAACUAACUCACCUCACCUUGAAGGGGGGGGCACUCGUCGUGGCUGUAUUCGGAGCAUUUGCUCAGCUUGCAAGUCGGACUCUUGAGGCGCUACACCUUUUCGAGUUUGAAACCCACAUUGAUAGCAUAUUUGCCAGCAACCCGAUGCCCAGGCUGAAGAGACUACGGCUCAGUCAUCAGGUUAACCUGACAAAGAGCUACCUCAACGAGGCAACCCUCAGACUAGAAUGGGUUACGAAAGCCACACCCAAUCUUGAAGCCUUCUUCAUUGACCACUCGCUCUUCUCGGGGUGCCAAUCAACUUCAAGCUUUGACGGCGCCCAGGGCUGGCCUUGCCUCCGGUCUCUUGUCAUCGGCUCCGGCACCAUCUUGAUUCAACAACAACGCAUCCAGCUACGCUGCCUUCCGCCGUUCCCCAAAAACUUGCGGUCCUUGGAGAUUCUCUCGACAGAUGUUCCUCUCACUCAAAACAUGCUCUUCACCGCCCACUCGGCAAAUGGCCUCAUGUACAAGCGCCCGGGCUUGUCUGAAGAAAGCUUUCCGUCCGAAUUACUGGGCUUACCAGAGCUGCAAGUCUUUCGAUGCAGGGUCGCAAUCACCCCGGAACUUCUUGAGCAUGUUAUAGGACCAGCGGCGAAAAGCGGCAUCCUCGAGAUUCUCGAGCUGACUGCGUCGUCGAGCGGGAACAGCUCGACUCCCGUCUUUGGCGGCGGCUUUCCGAGUCUAGGCAUCGACAAGCCGGCCGUCGAGCUCGCGUUUACCUACUCGGACAAGAUCCGCUGGCUGGGGCUCAGUAACUUCAACUGGUCUGUCUACUACUCGGGCUUCGACGGCCAGCCCUUCCUCGACUGGCUGGCCGGCUUCCCCAACGUCGACACCGUCGCCGUCUACCCCGGCAACUACGGAAACACGGCGCCCUUCAUCCUGAAACUCAUCAGCGCCGGCGGCGCGCUGAAGACGGUCUACCAGGAAUGCUGCAGGGGCACCGACUUUGACGAGGCCCAGAAGCUGGCCGCUGAGCGCGGCGUCACGCUGUACCACGUCGCCGGAUACGUGCCUCCCGAGUGGCCUACUGUCUAGUGUCGAUCUGUGUUAUAUCAAUGUGCAUAAUGAGGAUAUGGCUAGACGGUUGGUAUGUAUCUCUUGGGUCUUUACUUGGUCUGGAGGAAUGCAGAGGAACUAGCGUCAUAAUGCAGCUCAAGAAUACGCUAGUUUAGAUGGACGAUAUUGUGCCAAUGGAAGUUGAUAAUUCUGAAGAUGAUAAAAACGAAAUCAGGAAGGGGAUAUUCUCUAAAUGUCUAAUAGCAACACUAAAAUGCCCCCUCCUCCACGCCGCCUUCCAUAUUAUUUUAUAUUCAAGGUACGUAUAGAAUAUAUUUAGCAUUCAUACAGGCAGAAAAAAGGGACCGGAAAGAAAGAAGACCACUCUGAUUGGAGGUCAGCCGCCGGGAACCAAACGUGUGUGUAAGAGAGAAAGAGAAAGGAGGAAGGGAGAAAGGUAUCUAAAAAAGAAAGAAAAAAUACCACCACCCUGUACAAGAAUCGCGGUAGUAGUAAUGAAGAUGAUAAUACGG